AUGUACCUCUUCUACUCCCUAACCUUCCUCUUCCUCAUCGUCGCAACCGUCCUCUACCUCACCCGCUCAACCUGGAAACCCCACGCCCCACCCAUCCCCUACAUCACCGCCCCGGGAACCAUCCCCGAACCCAUCUACGCCAUCAUCGACAAACUCAACGCCUACAUCGACCGCUUCCGCUACGUCGCCCUUCCCCAAUCCUCCACUUUCGCCGAAGACGCCGAAGCCGGCCUGCACUCGUCUAACUUCAAUCUGAGCGAGAAUAUCGAGGCGGGGGAUGCGAGACGCGGGUUGGAUGAGGGUGGGAAGCGGGAGGUUUAUCGCGUCAUGAAGUUGAGGGGGAUCGGGUUUGAUGAGGCCCGGCGGGUGGUGGUGGAGGAGAGGUUUGGGCGGGAGGGGAUUGCGGCGGAUGGGCGGCCGUUGGAUCGGAAGGCGGUGAUGUUUUCUUGA